AUGAAACAUUUAAAUCUUCCAAACUCCGAACUGAUUCAACACAGUUCAAGGUGUAUGCCAUAUGUAUUUAUUGCUGAUGAUACAUUCCCCUUGAGACCUGACAUGCUGAAACCAUAUCGUGAAGCGGAUUUGAGCAGCUACAAAAAAAAUUUUAAUUAUAGAUUAUCUCGCGCAAGAAGAAUAGUUGAAAACGCUUUUGGCAUACUAGCAUCAAGAUUUCGCAUUUACCAUACUCAGAUCAAUUUAGAACCAAACAAUAUAGAAAAAGUGGUGAUGGCUACAUGUGAUUUGCACAACAUUCUAAUGGAGCACACUCCUAAUUCAUAUGCACCUCCAAGAUGA